AUGGCGAGCAAAGUCCCCCUGCGCAUGAUGCCUGGUUUUCCAAUGGCGUCACCCAGGCCGUUGUCCAUGCGAGCUCUCUCAACAUGUCGCCGCUCAACCAUUCCACUCCCAAUCGCCUCUAGACCAUCCUCCUUGGUGUCCCGGCCACUGAUCCAGCAAUCCUUUCGUCGCAACUAUGCCGAUGCUCCCCAAGCCCAGCUCUCCCCAGAACCUAAGCCGAAGAGGCGCUUCCGGUUCUUCGUCUGGACCUGGCGCUUGACCUAUCUCUCCGUCCUUGCCAGUCUAGGAUAUGUCACUUAUCAGAUCUAUGAGGGUCGCAACCCGAAGGAGCAGUUUGAUCCCGACCCGAACAAGAAGACACUCGUCAUCCUGGGCACCGGUUGGGGUUCCGUCUCCUUGCUCAAGAAUUUGGAUACUGAGAACUACAACGUCGUCGUCGUCUCGCCUCGCAACUACUUCCUCUUCACCCCCCUGCUGCCCUCGUGUACCACCGGCACAAUUGAACAUCGCUCCAUCAUGGAACCCAUCCGGAACAUUCUCCGACACAAGAAGGCCAAGGUCAAGUACUACGAAGCCGAAUGCACAAAGAUUGACUACCAGAAGAAGAUCGUCUAUGCCAAGGACGAUUCGGAAAUCAAGGGUGACACGAUGGAAACGGAGAUUCCCUUCGAUCUAUUGGUCGUGGGCGUUGGAGCUGAAAAUGCCACCUUUGGAAUCCCCGGUGUGCGUGAACAUGCCUGUUUUCUGAAAGAGGUCGGCGAUGCUCAAAAGAUCCGGAAACAAAUCAUGGACUGUGUGGAAACUGCAACUUUCAAGGAUCAGAGCCCCGAGGAAAUCAAGCGCCUUCUCCAUAUGGUGGUCGUUGGUGGCGGUCCAACCGGUGUCGAAUUUGCUGGUGAAUUGCAGGAUUUCUUCAUGGAGGACUUGCAGAAAUGGGUCCCUCAGAUUAAGGACGACUUCCAUGUCACUUUGGUCGAAGCUCUGCCCAAUGUGCUCCCUAUGUUCAGCAAGCAACUGAUCGAAUACACCGAGUCGUCCUUCAAGGAAGAGCACAUCCAGAUCCGCACAAAGACUAUGGUUAAGAACGUUACCGACAAGUACAUUGAAGCCGAAGUCCAGAACCCGGAUGGUUCGAAGUCCGUGGAAAAGAUUCCCUACGGACUCCUUGUCUGGGCUACCGGCAAUGCUCUCCGCCCAGUGGUGAAGGAUCUCAUGUCCCAGAUCCCUGCUCAAGCGAAAGCCCGCCGUGGUCUCGAGGUUAAUGAGUACCUCGUUGUCAAUGGCACCGAAAACAUCUGGGCGGUCGGCGACUGCGCAGUGGCGAACUACGCACCUACUGCUCAAGUAGCUGCCCAAGAAGGCGCUUUCCUUGCUCGUCUGUUUAACACCAUGGCCAAGACAGAUGCCAUCGAGGCCGAAUUACGCGACUUGUCCGCCAAGCAGGCUACCGCGAACCCGGAUCAGCGCAAAGUCAUCUUGGAGGAAAUCAACGAGCGCCAGCGUCAGCUCCGUCGCAUCAAGCAGAUCGGCCCCUUUAGCUAUUCACAUCAAGGAUCGCUUGCAUACAUUGGCGCCGAGAAAGCGGUCGCCGACGUGUCGUGGUUCAGCGGAAACAUCGCUAGCGGAGGUACUAUGACGUACCUGUUCUGGAAGAGCGCCUAUCUGAGCAUGUGCUUUAGCACGCGCAACCGCAUCCUCGUCUGUUUCGACUGGCUCAAGGCCAAAUUCUUUGGCAGAGACGUGUCGAGAGAAUAG